AGAACGGACUACUUAUUUGAAUCUUCUAGAAAAAGAGUCGACGGACUCUUCUAGUCUCCCCGGUGACCGCGGCAACUAAUGAUGAUGAUGAUCAAGUCUAGACAUAUAUAUAAAUAUAUAUAUAGAUAGAUACAACUCCAUGCCCUCAUUAAUCAGAAGUCAGAUCCCUGCACCUAGUUGGGAAUUCUCUUGUGAAUUCUGUAGCUGAUCUGUAAUAAUAUUAUGGCUUCUCCUCAUAACCUGAGCCUUAACGUUUGUCCUCAAUCUCUGAGGUUGCAUGGAUUCAGGCAAAAACGAUCAAGCAAAGGAUUGAUGUCGGAAGCUAUUAAAUGUGAAAGCAGAUCAUCAGGUAGUGAUGAUGAAAAGAAGCUAAAAAUCUUGAUUUCUGGUGGAGGGAUUGCGGGCCUUGUUUUCGCACUGGCUGCUAAACGAAGUGGAUUUGAUGUUAAAGUGUUUGAGAAAGACUUUACUGCUGUAAGAGGGGAAGGAAGACAGCGCGGCCCUAUUCAACUCUUGAGCAGUGCAUUAGCGCUGCUGGAACGCAUCGACAGAGACGUCGCCAGGGAAGUCAUGGAAGCCGGCUAUGUCACCGGUGACAGGAACAACGGCCUGGCUGACGGCAGGACCGGCGAAUGGUUUGUGAAGUAUGAUUUUCUAACACCUGCGGUUGCUAAGGGGGUUCCCGUUACUCGGGUAAUAUGUAGAAUGGAACUGCAGAGUCUUCUAGUAAGAGCAGUGGGUGAGGAUGUAGUCAUCAACAACUCCAAAGUUAUGGACUUUGUCAGUGAUGCCAACAAGGUGAGGGUGUUUCUUCAAAAUGGUCAGCAAUAUGAAGGGGAUGUAUUGGUUGGCGCAGAUGGGUUGCGAUCCACGGUACGGUCGAAGCUAUUUGGUCCCCAAGAGCCAAAGUACUCGAAUUUUAUGUGCUACACGGGCAUAACGGAAUGUGAUCCUCAGUACUUACUUCAGUUCGGGUACAAGGUGUUCUUAGGAACAAAUCAGUUCCUAGUUGCGUUGGAUAUCGGAAAGGGGAGAAUGCAAUGGUACGCCUUUGUUAAGGAGGCACGUGAAAGCCCUGUAUUCCACACAGGAAACAAAAACAUGCUAUUGCAACGUUACAGAGACUGGUGCGACGAGGUUGUUACCGUCAUACGCAGAACACACGAGGACACGAUAAUGCGAAGACCUAUCUAUGACACGGACAUGGUAACGUCUUGGGGAAGGGAUCGAGUGAUAUUAGUAGGCGAUGCUGCUCAUGCAAUGCUACCGAAUCUAGGGCAAGGCGGAAGCAUGGCUAUUGAGGACUGUUAUUGGCUUAUGGUUGAGCUGCAGAAUCUUGCACAAACUCAUCUGAUGUUGUCUGAAAUUUCAUCAGAUGAAUUAGAUUUGGCAUUCAGAAGAUUUGAGAAGAAGCGAAUGCUUCGAGUAAGAACACUGCACUCAAUUUGCAGAAUGGCUUCGGUUAUGACAUCCGGUUAUCAGAGUCACUUGCAUAUUAGUCUUCCUCCUCUUCCACUAUUUACAAAUGAGUACUGGAGUUUGAAGGUUAAACAUCCUGGAAUGGUUAUAGCAAACCAGGCACUGCUGCUUGCUUUGCCCAAAUUCAUGGAUUGGGUUGUCAUAGGCCAACAUUAACCACAUCAACUUCCCACCUAGUAUUUGUAUUUGGACUGUUUUUCUUUUUUGUUUUUUAAUUAUAUAGUAUCUUUUAUUCAUAUUUGCUACAUAUGUAUUCAUUAUUGAAACUAUCGACAUUUAUAUAUUUUUUUAAUCUCUAUACUAAUAUAAUAACCACAUUUAAUAAUAUAUUUUCAA